UGUAGGGUUACAUUACAGCUUGUUUCACGGCUGCCGGUUACAGCGUUCAUCGCUCAAUACUGGACCAGUUUCAAAGAUGUUUGUUCACAUCAGUUUGGACAUCAAUGCCUGGGAAAAUAGGGUUCAGGUUAAAAAGAAAACUGACAUUCUCCCCUAAACAUUUUGCUUUUGUUGCAGCUCCGGUUGUCUUUUCUAAGGAGUCGAGGUAUCGGCCGAUAUUGGAGAGUCUGGUCCCCGCUGACCCCAUGUGCCGGUUCCACCUGAGCCGACGUUCCCCCGACGAGGAGUUCCCUGACCUGGGCAGGAACUACACCUGGAUGGGACGGAUCCUCACACCGGCUAUGUACCGCCGGCAGUUCCACCGCUGCACCCACAGCGGAGUCAUCUUCGACGAUGUCAUCCGUCCGGGCCUCGAAGAACCAGGUCAUUGGUCCGGUCCUGUUUCUGUGGGCUGUGUCGCGGGCGACGCUGAGUCCUACAUCCUGUUCUGUGACUUCUUCGACCGAGUUAUCGAGUCGCAUCACGGACACAAGAUCACCAGCCAGACGCCGGAGAGCGACUUCAACUACGACAACCUGAAGGGGGGCGAUGACUUGGACAGGUCAUACGCCGUACGCUGUGAGGUGAGUGUAGUUCGAGGCGUUGAAGACUUCUGCUUCCCGACACACUGCAGCCGAGGAGAGCGCAGACAGCUCCUCACACUGGCCAGGAAAGCUCUGCAGCGGCUGGAGGAGGAGGAGGCGUUGCCGGGGCGACUCCUCUUACUGCAGGAUCUGAGCCCGGAGCAGCAGAGGGAGCUGAACCUGAACUCUCCGUCUGCCUCCCAGCUGCGUAUCGGCGUGGCCCGGGACUGGCCCGAUGCCAGGGCCGUCUGGGCGAGUACCGACGGCGGCCUGGUGGUCUGGAUCAACAUGGACGACCACCUCAGACUGGUGUCCACACGGGACGACGCAAACAUCACAGAGGCGUUUAAAUGCCUCUACGUCAACCUGCAGAAGCUGCAGAAGUUUUACGGCGAGCUCCGACACCCGUUCACCUGGAAGCAGCAGCUGGGCUGGGUGAGCAGCUCUCCGGCCGACGUGGGGACGGGGCUGAGGAUCAGCGUCCACCUCAAACUGCAACACCUCCCCCAACACAACCGGCUGCAGGACGUCCUGAAGAGGCUGAGGAUCUGCAUGGACACCACAGAAUCCCCGGCGCUGUACGCUGUGAGCAACGCGGCGACCUUCGGCCUGAGCGAGGUGGCUCUCACCCAGCUGGUGCUGGACGGGGUCAAACUGCUCGUCGCCAUGGAGAUGAGGCUGGAGGGCGGCGGCGACAUCGAAGAGCUCGUUCCUACGCAGAAGUAGACCUGGAUGCUGAUUGGUCGGGAAAACACAAACUUAAAUUAAUUAAUUAUUAUCGAAACAAACGACAAAAACUUGGGACUGAAAUGUCGGAAUUAAAUAAA